AUGGCCGGUCAACGCUUGAAAGCAGCUAUUCUCAUCGUCUCGGAUACUGCUUCUCGAGACCACUCGACUGACAAAGUAGGCGGCGUUCUCACCGAGACCUUUGGCCAGCAGGGCGAUCGAUGGGACAAGCCAACCGUCGCGAUCGUGCCAGAUAACAUAUUAGAAAUUCAGCGUCAUGUUUCUAGAUGGGCUGAUGGGGAGGACCAUUUCAACCUCAUCAUCACAUCUGGCGGGACCGGGUUUGCUUUGAAAGAUCAUACGCCUGAGGCUGUCUUGCCUUUGAUUCAUCGACAUGCACCCGGACUUGUGCAUGCUAUGUUAGCUACGUCGUUAGAGAUAACUCCUUUUGCUAUGAUGGCACGACCUGUUGCAGGAAUUCGACACAAGUCCAUCGUCUUAACUGUUCCCGGAUCUCCCAAGGGCGCAAAGGAAUGUGUCGAAGCAGUUAUUAAACUCUUGCCUCAUGCAUGUAUUCAAGCUGCAGGGGCCGAUUCGAGGACUCUACAUGCUGGUGGCAUACAGAAAUUAGAGAAGGAAGCAGGUGUGGUGCCUUCAGCAUCCGAUAAAGACCAUCACCACUGUCAGCAUCACGGUCAUGGUCACGGCCACGCUAUACCCAAGGCACAUACUACUUUAGCUGAGAGACCAAGCUCUAAUGAUCCCGCAGUCGGCCCAACUCGACGUUACCGGACCUCUCCGUAUCCAAUGAUCUCCGUUGAUGAAGCAUUGAAGCUAGUAUCUGAGUACACACCAGAUCCAACAAUCGUUGAAGUCCCCGUUGGUAUCUCUCUGGUUGGCGCCGUAUUGGCCGAGGAUGUCUUUGCUGCAGAAGCUGUUCCGGCCUAUCGGGCAAGCAUCGUUGAUGGAUAUGCGGUUAUUGCUCCAAGCUCACCAGGAAAUGGCAAAAGCACAAAGGGCGAAUUUCCGGUAGCAUCGGUAUCCCAUGCACAAGCUGCUUCCAUGCCUCCACCAUUGGAUUCUGGAAGCAUUGCUCGUAUUACGACGGGAGCUCCUCUUCCAGAUAAUGCUAACGCUGUCGUCAUGGUGGAAGACACCGUUCUUGUCUCAGCUACCCCGGACGGCAAGGAAGAAGCAGUUGUCGAAAUCCUCACGGCAGACAUCGAGAUUGGGGAGAACAUUCGUGAACCAGGCAGUGAUGUCAAGCUGGGCUCAAAAAUAUUGGAGAAAGGAGACCUCAUAACCGCUGUUGGAGGUGAGAUUGGUCUACUGACAUCCACCGGCACUAAGACUGUGAAAAUAUACAAAAAGCCAUGCAUUGGUGUACUUAGCACUGGUGAUGAGUUGGUCGAACACGACGCUUCUGUGAAACUUACGGGCGGCCAGAUUCGUGAUUUAAAUCGACCAUCUCUAAUCUCGUGUUUGACCUCCUGGGGGUUCCCAACGGUUGAUCUGGGUAUUGCAAAGGAUACGUCCGGACAUCUGGAAGAAAUCCUCCGAGAUGCCAUGCGUGGAUCAUCACCUUCAAACCCCACGGGAGUAGAUGUCAUUAUUACUACAGGCGGUGUUUCAAUGGGAGAACUCGAUCUCCUCAAACCUACUAUCGAACGGCAGCUAGGAGGUACCAUUCAUUUCGGACGAGUAUCCAUGAAACCCGGAAAACCUACAACUUUCGCUACUGUUCCGUUCAAACCCAGUGCGUCUACCUCAAAGGAGAGAGAGACGAAGGUCAUUUUCUCUCUUCCAGGGAACCCUGCUUCGGCUUUAGUUACGCUUAACCUAUUCGUGCUUCCCUCGCUUCAUAAGGCCAUGGGAUUAACACAGCGUGGUCUUCCAGUUGUCAAGGCUUCAUUGACCCACUCGAUACCUAAAGACCCCAAACGCACAGAGUAUCACCGUGCCAUUGUGGGUUCGUCGGAAGUAGAUGGGCGAAUGAUUGCUACAAGUACCGGUAUUACUGGUGUAGGACAGCGGAGUUCACGAGUUGGCAGUUUGGCGAAGGCCAACGCACUUUUGGUUCUUGAGCCCGGAUCUGGCUCGAUCGAGAAAGGCCAGUUAGUUGAGGCACUGAUGAUGGGUCCUAUAGCUUGA